UGAAAUUAAUUAUCGGUUCCCCGUUGACCAGUUUUAAAGUAGAGAAAUGAUGGACUUAAAAACGUUUGCUGACGACGACUUUGAUCCUAAAAAGUGGAUUAAUAGAGCUUGGAGUUCUAGUGGUAAUCAAGAGAAAGAGGACUUUGUAACCAACACUGUAACAAGAUUACAGCUUUAUAUGAAGCAGUUAAGUAACUCAUUAGAUGAAACAACUACACAUAUAGUAACAUCAGUACCUAGGAUACUGCAAGACGCGUCUACGCUGCAAGUGGAAGGUGCGUUACUGCAGCAAAAGCUAUUAACCUUGGAAGAUCAGGUGCAAGGUGUGGAGCGGCAGACGGGACAGUCUAUUGAGAGUUUGCAGAGGAUUGAUAGAUUGAAGAGUCGGCUUGAGACAGCAGCGUCAGCUCUCCGUGAAGCAGAUAAAUGGGCGGCUUUAGCGUCCGCAUUGGAAGAUAUCUUGGAAACAGGUGUGCCAACCAGCGGGGAUAAGCUGGCACAGCUGGCGGAACAGGUGGCUGCUAUGACUGCUAGUCUUGAGGUACUAACUGAAGCCCCCGACUAUGAAUACAAACGAGUACAAUUAGAGACGUUGUACAAUAGAUUGGAGGCGGCCGUUAGCUCGCCAUUCAUUGAUGCUCUCACACAGAUGGAUGCUGAUCGUACGUCAUCGUACGUAAAUGUAUACCGAGCGAUGCAACGCGGUCAAUCCGCGGCUAGUUGUUGGCGGCGCGCGGCGGCUGCGCGUGCGGCCGGCGCGUGGCGACGACAGCACACACAUACUGUACGUGUACUAGCCGCGACUGUACUGGACGAUGGAGAGAAACAGGUGGAAUGGUUAUCUUCAGUAUUGAAGUCGGAGACGCCACUAGCGGAGAUAGUUAGGCUGUACACGGAUCUAUUGCCGUCACUAGACCCCUCACCCACAAAGGUGGUCUUGGCUAAUUUUAAACUAUGCCAAAGCCCUGAAGAAGGUAUGGCUCUUUUAGAAGACUUGAAGACUGACAUCGAAGAGUUUAUAUCUUGCAUUAGAGCUAUUAUAGAUGCUCCCAGACCUAAUAAAGAAAUUCUUCCUGCCAAUACCCUUAAAGAGUUAGGUCGUGCAGUUUACCAACCUCUCAGAGAACUGAUGCCGAAGUACACAGAGCUUCAGAUACAGUUGUUUCAAGCUAAUCUUAAUGAUUAUCAAAUAAAACAGGAUGAACUUCUAGAACAUUCUAGAGGGUUGCUCAAUGUGGCAGAGCGUUGUGAGGGCUGGUUGAGUACAGCAUAUACUAGAGGGAAGAAGAUAGCAGGCAACGCUGUGUUACCUUACUAUAUACCUGCUGUUGAGGCGUUAUCAUCAUCCAUUCUGUCCCUAAUAUCCUCUCAUAGUCGUCGCAUAGAGACGCAUUUCUUGUCCACUGUAACUUCUGGACAAAGCGCUGGCGUGCUUAGUGAGAGUUUUCCCGCAGCACUCGCUUUAGAGGCUGCUACUGCUGAACUACUGAGGGUGCUGGCUGCUGGAUUGGAGACAGUUGAAGACCCAGAUCAUCCUCUCCUGGACCUCAAGAGUCUACUUCUGGACGGUGAGGUGUCACCGCCGCAGCUGACCUCAGUAUCCGGUCUGCAGAGAGCCAGAGAACAACUCAGAUCACUCGCUAGAGCUGUUCUAAGGAACCCAGUGGAUGUUCAACUUGAUAAAAUACCACAGUUAUCAGUUUGGCACAACAAUGAUGCUUUGUCAACGGACUUGCCAGAUUUCGCGUUAUCCCCACAGGAAUAUAUUACAGAGAUUGGACAGUAUUUAAUGACGUUACCUCAACAUUUAGAAAUGCAUUUACCAGAAAAACAAGCGCCAUGGCAGUUUUUGUCUGAGGUUUGUUCUCAUACAUGUGAAGUUUACGCAGAAAAGAUAUUGAAUGUCAGAAAUAUGGAUGCUUUGGGUACAAAAAGAUGUCUCACUGAUAUUGUAUAUUUGUCAAGUGUGGUAGAAGAUCUGGGCACCAGUAUUACACCAGCAUUGAAGAAUUUAGAGAAAUCUCUCCGAGCUGCUGCACCUAGUCAAAAUGAAUAAAGUUUGAAAAAACUAAAUGUAA